AUGUGGUGCAGAAACACUUUCAUCAUCUGUUUCUCGAUGUUCCUCAUUCUCUGCCUUUAUUGGGGCAUUGUGUUUCGCAUCGAGGAAAAUCUCACUUCCCUCGUCUGUUUUGUUGUCGACUUUGAUGGAAAAUCUGCUCCCUACAACAAUAUCACGCCCCUAGUAGGUCCGGAGGUCACAAAAUUGGCAAACGAGACGCUGUGGAGCCUCACACCAUCAAUCGGAUAUCAAAUACGCGACGCAAACGAGUUCGGGUUCGACCCAAUGAAGGUUCGCGAAGCGGUCUAUCAUUUCAAGGCCUGGUCAGCUAUCAUCAUAAAUCCGAACGCGACAGCUUUACUGCAAGAGGCAGUCUCGAUCGGAAACUCUUCAUACGAUCCAACAGGCGCAGUCCAAAUCAUCACCAUGUCUGGCCGAGAUUCAUUUAUGACGUAUAGCUACAUCUUACCAAGCCUCACGUCUUUCACGUCAAGUCUGACAGAAACAUUCGGCAAAACAUGGGGCGGCAUGGUAAUGGCCAAUGACUCCCUGACAAAGGAGACUCUGCGGCAAGCCGCGAGUGCCGUCAACCCCGGGGUGUCACCUUUGAUGCUAGAUCUCCGGCCGUUCGGGCCGCCUGCGGCAAUUCCGGCAGUUACCUUUGGGCUAAGCUUUCUCAUUGCCCAUCUUGGUUUCACCUAUUACCUUGCAGACGACAUAAAAUGCAUUGUGCCUGAGGGUCAUCCUCCCGUGCACUACUGGCACUACGUCAUACGCAGAUAUUUAUCACUCAUGGCAGCCUACUUCUUCUUGUCGCUGGUCUACUCUCCGGCAGUCCCGCCAGCUCCGGCAGUGGAGGUUGCUAGGAAUCCAAAUGCUUAUGGAAAAGCCUCGUUCAUCGUCUUCUGGCUGUUGAACUUCUUCGGUAUGGCAGCACUUGGAAUGGCGUGUGAAAACAUGGCCAUGAUUAUCGGCCCUCGAUGGGUUGGUUUGUGGUUAACGUUUUGGACUCUCACGAACACGUUGACCGGAUUCUGGCCUCCCGAUAUUGCGCCCGGGUUCUACCGUUGGGCGUAUGCAUGGCCUUAUCAUCAUGUGAUUGAAGGCAGCCGACAGAUUCUAUUCGACUUGCACUCGCGCAUUGGCCUCAACUUUGGCGUCUUGAUUGCGUGGGUGUCGGUUAACACGAUUUUGUUCGUCCCCGCAUGUUAUAUUUUGAGGUGGAAAGAUGAAAAAGAGAUUCGUCGAAAGGAGACAAAACUUCCACACUUUCACUUGCACAGGUAUGAUUUCGAAAAGCAAAUUCCCAAGCAACCGGGAGUUGAGCCGCCAAGACGAAAAGGAUUCCUUAGGGCUUUGUGA